AUGGCACGAGGAACACUAAAAAAUCUCGCCAAAAAUCUCGAACGGCUUAAUCUUGAGGAGAACAUUUUUCACGCCCUUCCAGAAGCUCUUAUAGACCUACGGAACUUGACGCACUUGAAUUUGAAUGGCAACAAAUUGAGCAAACUGAAUGAAGAGAUGGUUGAUGGACUAAAAGAUGCUCUUGUUGAAUUGUCGCUUGCCUACAAUCGCUUGAAAAUGGUUCCAACGAAUAUUCUGAAUGGAAUGACCCGUUUACAACACCUCGACCUGUCUAAGAAUAAUAUCAAAAGCUUGCACCGAUUGGCUUUCGGGACAUUUGACGGGACAGGAACAAGUCUGGUGCAUCUGAAUUUGGCUGGCAAUCAACUAAAAGUCAUAGAUGAUCCCGGAGUUUUUCUCUAUAUGACUUCACUGGCAUAUCUUGAUCUCUCUUACAAUCAGAUAGAAGAGAUUGAGACCAGAGUAUUUGAGAAGUUACCAGGACUGGAAAGACUGUAUCUGCAGAACAACAGACUGCAAAGACUGAACCUGCAUACGACAUUGAAAAUGCAAAAGUUACGUCAACUGAACCUAGAUAACAACGAGAUCAAAGAGCUACCUGAUCACCUGCUUAGCUCAACCCCCAUCCUUGAGCACUUAUCCAUAGCAACAAAUCAAAUUAGCUACAUUAACGACAAAGUUUUCCACUCAAGCAGCUCUAAAUCGCUGAAAUCGUUGAAUCUAGCAGGGAAUAAGAUAAAAAAUAUAUCUAGCAGAGCAUUCCAGCUUAUGGAAAACCUACAGAUUCUAAAGCUGAACAACAAUCGCAUUCGCACAAUAGAUACCAUGGUA